UAAAACAUAUUCUGUGGUUAUAUUGUGUCUGUGAAGCUGCAGCUGCACAAGACCAAUUAUUGAUAAUGAGGCCAGUGACUGGGUCAUUAUCAGGAAAGGUAAAUCUGCCUUGCUCCUUUUCUAACCUGCCCACCUCAAAACCGCUUAUCAACCCCAAUGGGACAGCAGUUGCCACUAAAGAUUAUUUGCGUAUCAAAUGGACCAAAAUUGUGGGAGAAGUACAAUCCACAGUACUGGUGGCACAAAAUGGAGUCAUCAAGAUAGGUUCCAGCUACAGGAACCGCGUCUCAAUACCCAGUCACCCUGAGGAUGUGAGCGAUGCUUCACUAACGAUAGUCCGACUGCGUGCCAGUGAUGCGGGCACUUAUCGCUGUGAAGUCAUAUAUGGCAUUGAUGGCACCCGCGAUACAGUUGAUCUGGAUGUCAAUGGUGUGGUCUUUCAUUACCGGGCAAACACCAGCAGGUACAUCUUAGACUAUCAGAAAGCUGUCCAGGCUUGCAAAAAUAUUGGAGCAACCAUCGCCACAUAUAACCAGCUGAAAGCAGCCUAUGAGGACGGAUUUGAUCAGUGUGAUGCAGGCUGGAUUGCUGACCAGACAGUGAGAUACCCAAUCACUAAACCAAGACAUGGAUGCUAUGGCAACCUACUAAACAGACCUGGGAUUAGAUCAUAUGGAAUGAGGAAGCAAACAGAGAUGUAUGAUGUGUACUGCUACGUAGACAAGCUUGACGGUGAAGUGUUCUAUGCUCCAGUGACCCAAAAGAUGACUUUGAAAGAAGCCAGUAAAGAGUGUAAGAAAAGGAAUGCUGUUCUUGCAUCUCCUGGCCAGCUCCAUGCUGCAUGGCGACAAGGGCUGGAUCAGUGCGACUAUGGCUGGCUGUCUGAUGGCAGUGCACGGCAUCCUGUUGGUGUACCCAGAACACAGUGUGGUGGAGGUCUGCUCGGCGUCAGAACCAUGUAUCGCUACAAAAACCAGACUGGCUUUCCAGAGCCGACGAUGAAGCUUGGAGCUUACUGCUUCAAAGGAGUUCAUUUGUGUUCAGAAAAUGUUUGUCUGAAUGGAGGAUCUUGUCAGAAGAGUGGAAGCAUCCUUAUUUGUAAAUGCGCACCUGGUUUCACUGGCGAUCGCUGUGAAUUUGAUAUAGACGAAUGCCACUCAAACCCGUGCCACAAUGGAGGUACAUGUAUUGACGGGCUUGGUUGCAUAACAUGCAUAUGCCUCCCUAGCUACACUGGACAGUUUUGUGAACAGGAUACACAAAUAUGUGAGUAUGGCUGGCACAAGUUUCAGGGCCAUUGCUACAAGUACUUCCCACACAGAAGAAACUGGGACACAGCAGAGAGAGACUGCCGUAUACAGGGAGCUCACCUCACCAGCAUCCUUUCCCACGAAGAGCAGCAGUUUGUGAACCGUCUGGGGCAGGACUACCAGUGGAUUGGCCUGAAUGAUAAGAUGUUUGACAAUGACUUCCGUUGGACUGAUGGCAAACCUAUGCAAUAUGAAAACUGGAGGCCCAACCAACCUGACAGCUUCUUCUCAUCUGGUGAAGACUGUGUGGUGAUGAUCUGGCAUGAGGACGGCCAGUGGAAUGAUGUUCCCUGCAACUAUCACCUCACCUUUACCUGCAAGAAGGGCACAGUGGCUUGUCGUCAGCCACCUGUGGUGGAGAAUGCUCGUACCUUUGGGGCAAAGCGUGAGAGGUAUGAGGUCAACUCACUAGUGAGGUACCAGUGUCGGACUGGGUUUAUCCAGAGGCACGUGCCAAUCAUCCGUUGUCGUGGAAAUGGACGAUGGGAUAACCCUCAAAUCGCCUGCAUGAACCCUUCAAGCUAUCAAAGGACCUACUUCCGAAGGCAUCACCACAGUAGGCUCUACAGCAUCAACAACUUCGAACAGUGGUCUGAUGAGGGCUUCCCAUUUCACCAUCAGCGCCACAGAGGACGGAGAGACAGGACUAAACGUAAGGUGAAGAGACACUGAUUUCACUGAGAAGAAGACACAAGGCUGCAGCCUGUGUGGAACAGGAGAAAGGAUCCUAAAGGAAAAGCACAAGAGGAAAAUCAUCUGUGAAAUGAAACACAGACUGGAUGACGACAAAAUCUUGGGAUUUUAAUUCAUGACUGUUUUAUACAAAUGCCAAUGUGGACAAAAUAAUUUCAGCUGGCUACUGGAAAUGCAAAAAGUACGCUUAUAAUAUUUUUGUAAAAACUGUGCAAGUGUCUUUUUGCUUAUUUUUUUUAAAUCAAAUAAUACAUUUGCAAUUGUUAUAUUACAUUUGACUUCCAACUGUGCUUUAUGAAAUCACCACAAGUGUUCCUUAUUCAUAAAAAAAGAAAAAAAAAGUUGAUGUGAGAUGAUGGACUUUUGUGAACAUCAUUGUGCAUUCAUAGAUCAAAAAUGUCGGAUUUGAACAAUGUAUAUGCCACGUCAAGAAAUCCAAGUUUGAUUUCUCGGAACACAAAUCAGGUGUCACUUUCAUGCAAACUGUCAUUUUUUUUAAUUUUUUUUUAUCUCUCAUUCUUACAAAUCUUCCAGAAUCUUUCUCCAGUGUGCACUUUGUCAGCAGGAAGGAGCAUCAUACACGUAACACAUCACAUGUACAUGAGUGUGAGGAAAUGAAUUUUUUCAGUAAUCUGCUGGAUUUUCAAUGUGGUGGCAGCUUUCAGUGAACCAACACUUUUUUUUUUUUUGCGUUAGCCUUUACUGCAGAAUAUCAUCAGUGUUUUGUAUAAGAGUUUAUGCAUAGAUUUAUAGAGAGAGAAUUUAUUACACUUUAUGGUAUUUCUGUCGUAUGGUACGUUUUAUUUUAAAAUGAGGGCAGUCUCUCUCUGUGCAAAGUAUCGACAAAGCCUUAAUCCACUGACGGAAAUCCAUCUCGCUGCUUGAAAACGAAAGAAGGAACAGGAAGCACAUCGUGCAUGUUUUUCUUUUCAGGCUGAUCUUCACCAUUCUUUGCUUUACUCGCGGUCUGUUUAGAAUAACGGUAAUGCCGUACCAAAGAGUCUCACGCACAUCUGCUGUGCUUUAGAUUGUUAGCAUUUUGGAGGUAAGAUUUGUUGUUUGACACGUUCACGUUUCUAGUUAUUGUAGUUAAUGUAAAUUGGACCUUAAGAAGAAUGUAUUGUGUGAAACACUCAGAAAGACUUGAACGUAACAGCUGUUUAAGCAGAGAUGCAUAUAAUUUAUUUUAUAGCUGCUCUUUAUUUUUUAACUCAUCGGUCGCAUGACCCAAUAAUGUUCUGCAUACACACAUGUUCAGCAAGAGACAAGCCACAAUCAAAGACUAUAAUUUACUGACAGUACAGUGAAUCUUUACGUUGCAUUCGAAUAAUAAACACGGAAGGCCCUAAAGGCUGCAAUAAUGUUCUACAACAUUACCAAAAAAAGUUUGUAAAUGUGGAUGGUUGUGUGACACUUUUUAAAUGGGAAAUUGUUUUAUGAGUAAAUGUAUGUGUUUCAUACUUAAUGUGCACAUAAUAUCUUUUUUAUAUUUAUAACUUUAAAAAAACUAUAAUGUGAAUGUGUGGAAUGUUUGUGUUUUUUUUAAAUGAACAAGCUGUUUUAAUGCUUUAAAUCACCAAAGAAAUAAAAUAUAGUUAUUAUAUACUAAUAAACAUAUUUGUUUUUAAGAUGAUGUUCAA